AAUUGAAAUCUCUGAAGAGAGCCGCGAAGGCUCUGGUAGUUUUACAAAACUGUCCUUGCUCUUUUUGCCUUUGCCCAGUCAAGGGUAUCUUUGCCCGAGGUCGGAGCGAUGCUGUGAGUCCCAAUGUGAUUGCAUAGCAACACACAGCGGCUCAGAGAGGGGAGGAGGAGGAGAGAGAAAGAGAAGAGGGCAGGAAGGUGGGAGAGACGGAGGGAGAGUGUGCAUACAGCAGCUGUCGGCAUCCCUGUCUCAGGGACUUCUUUGCUGAUUCACAAAGGCAGCCCGGUGCCAGCCUCCCAGCUCCCAGUUGCAGCCUGCUCCUCAGACCUGCCGGAAUCAGAAGGUGCUUAUGGUCAACGGUUGGUGCACUGCCCAUUCUCAUCCCCCAUGAGCCUUGGUUCUGAUGCAACCUAUGGUCAUGCAGGGAUGCCCUUAUACCCUCCCACGAUGUCAUGAAUGGCGAGCAGCUGACCAGUUCCAUCACAACAGCAGCCUCCGAAGCACCUGCCCCCAGCCUCAGGUUAGAGCUGCUGCUACCACCCCUGCGCCUCCUCAGGAUGGUGCUGGGGUUUCCUGCCUAAGCCCAAAGCUCUUCAACGGGUCUGUUGGUGCCGCUGGACCUCUAGAACCACCAGCCAUGAAUCUGUGUUGGAAUGAAAUAAAAAAGAAGUCUCACAACCUCCGUGCUCGCCUUGAGGCCUUCUCGGACCACAGUGGAAAGCUUCAGCUCCCUCUCCAAGAGAUUAUUGACUGGCUCAGCCAAAAAGAUGAGGAAUUGUCAUCUCAGCUGCCCUUGCAAGGGGAUGUGGCCCUGGUGCAACAGGAGAAGGAGACACAUGCGGCCUUUAUGGAAGAUGUCAAGUCUCGGGGCCCCUAUAUCUACUCUGUGCUGGAGUCAGCUCAGGCCUUCCUGUCCCAGCACCCAUUUGAGGAAUUAGAGGAUCCUCGUUCUGAGAGCAAAGAUACCUCUCCCAGACAACGGAUUCAGAACCUUAGCCGCUUUGUGUGGAAGCAAGCAACAGUAGCCAGUGAACUAUGGGAGAAGCUGACAGCCCGCUGUGUAGACCAGCACCGCCACAUUGAGCACACUCUGGAGCAGCUGUUGGAGAUCCAAGGAGCAAUGGAGGAAUUAAGCAAUACUCUGACACAGGCUGAGGGAGUCCGAGCCACAUGGGAGCCCAUUGGGGAUCUCUUCAUUGAUUCACUCCCUGAGCACAUUCAGGCUCUUAAGCUGUUCAAAGAAGAAUUCUCCCCCAUGAAAGAUGGAGUGAAAUUGGUGAAUGAUCUUGCCCACCAACUUGCCAUUUCUGAUGUACACUUGUCAAUGGAGAAUUCCCGAGCCCUGGAGCAGAUCAAUGUCCGCUGGAAACAACUACAGGUGUCAAUUGGUGAGAGGCUUAAACAGCUCCAGGAUGCCCACCGGGACUUUGGGCCUGGGUCACAGCACUUCCUCUCCUCCUCUGUGCAGGUUCCCUGGGAAAGAGCAAUUUCACCCAAUAAAGUUCCCUACUACAUCAACCACCAGGCUCAGACCACUUGCUGGGACCAUCCCAAGAUGACGGAGUUAUACCAAACCCUGGCCGAUCUGAACAACAUUAAAUUCUCAGCUUACCGCACUGCCAUGAAGCUACGUAGAGUCCAGAAAGCACUGCGUUUGGACCUGGUAACUUUAACCACAGCCCUGGAGAUUUUCAAUGAGCAUGAUCUGCAGGCCAGUGAGCAUGUCAUGGACGUGGUAGAGGUCAUUCACUGCCUCACUGCCUUAUAUGAACGGCUAGAGGAGGAAAGAGGCAUCCUGGUCAACGUGCCACUCUGUGUGGACAUGAGCCUCAACUGGCUCCUCAAUGUUUUUGAUAGUGGUCGCAGUGGAAAGAUGCGGGCAUUGUCUUUCAAGACUGGCAUUGCAUGCCUGUGUGGCACGGAAGUGAAGGAAAAAUUACAGUACCUCUUCAGCCAAGUAGCCAACUCAGGCAGCCAGUGUGACCAGCGCCACCUCGGUGUCCUGCUCCAUGAGGCCAUUCAGGUGCCCCGUCAGCUGGGGGAAGUGGCAGCCUUUGGGGGCAGCAAUGUGGAGCCCAGUGUCCGUAGUUGCUUCCGUUUUAGCACUGGGAAGCCAGUCAUUGAAGCUUCACAGUUCCUAGAGUGGGUCAACUUGGAGCCCCAAUCCAUGGUGUGGCUGGCUGUUCUGCAUCGGGUCACCAUUGCUGAGCAAGUGAAGCAUCAGACCAAAUGCUCUAUCUGUAGGCAGUGCCCCAUCAAGGGCUUCAGGUACCGGAGUCUGAAACAAUUUAACGUGGACAUCUGCCAGACAUGCUUCUUGACAGGAAGGGCCAGCAAAGGCAACAAGCUUCACUACCCCAUCAUGGAGUAUUACACCCCGACCACAUCCAGCGAGAACAUGAGGGACUUUGCCACAACCUUAAAGAACAAAUUCCGCUCAAAGCAUUAUUUCAGCAAACACCCUCAGCGAGGUUAUUUGCCUGUGCAGUCGGUACUGGAGGCUGAUUACAGUGAGACGCUGGCUUCUUCCCCGAUGUUGCCACAUGCUGACACACACUCCCGCAUUGAGCAUUUUGCCAGCAGGCUUGCUGAGAUGGAAAGUCAGAAUUGUUCCUUCUUUAAUGACAGCCUGUCCCCAGAUGACAGCAUAGAUGAGGACCAAUACCUGCUGCGGCACUCCAGCCCCAUUACAGACCGGGAGCUUGGCCUUGGACAGCAGACCCCAGGCAGCAUGGCCACAGAAAGCAAGGGGGAGCUAGAGAAGAUCCUGGCACACUUGGAGGAUGAGAACCGGAUUCUCCAGGGAGAGCUGAAGCGCUUGAAGUGGCAGCACGAGGAGGCUGCUGAGGCCCCGACCCUGGCUGAGGGCUCUGCAGAGGUAGCACAGGACCCCCGCAAUGAGGAGCUGCUGGCUGAGGCCCGGAUCCUCCGGCAGCACAAAAGCCGCCUGGAGACACGCAUGCAGAUCCUAGAGGAUCACAAUAAGCAACUGGAGUCCCAGCUGCAGCGCUUAAGGGAACUGCUCCUGCAGCCACCCACCGAAUCAGAUGGCAAUGGCUCUGCAGGUUCGUCCCUAGCUUCCUCUCCACAGCAGUCAGAAAGCAGUCACCCCCAGGAGAAGGGACAGACCACUCCAGAUACUGAGGCUGCAGAUGACGUGGGGUCAAAGAGCCAAGAUGUCAGCCUGUGCUUGGAGGACAUCAUGGAGAAGCUCCGCCAUGCCUUCCCCAGCGUGCGAAGUUCUGACGUGACUGCCAACACCUUGUUGGCCUCUUGAGGGAGCCAGAUCCCCAUCCUAUAAUCCAUAGUCCUCUCCGGUUCUGGUCCAAGUCUUCCUUCAGCCUUCACCCAACCCUUCCGGCCCACAUUCCUCAGCCAGAGUUAUCUGAGCUCUGGGUAGGAGCAGGGAUCUGCUCAUAUGUGAGGUGGAUGCUUCAGGGCUGGAAGAGGGAGAGGCAUGGUUCCUCCAACUCUAGAAAUGUGCUCUUUAAUCCUCAAGUUUGAGACCAAUCCCUUACAUAUGUUUCUGUUGCAUCCAUGCAAGUGGCACUUGAAGGCCAUUCAGAUGGGGAGCAGAGAAGCUGUCUUGCAGAGCUAAGCAGUGCCCAUUAGCCACUUUCCCUUCUCCAUAGCAUUAUGGACAUAAGGAAGCCUCACGACCCCAGGGUUCCAGCAUUAUGAAUCUCCAGGGGUUAGCCCUCCUCUCUUCCCAACUCAGGGAGGCAGAAGGGUAUCCCCAAGACACCUCCCCAAAAAAAUGUCCCUGAAAAUGUUCGGGCAGCAUGUGACAUAUAACUUUAGUUUGACGGCAUCUCUCUGGCCAUCCUGAUGCUACCUAGAUGUUGUUUCCCCUCCGAAUAUCUUCAGUUCCUUCUGCCUCAGGCCCUGGCUGACGUUCCUCAAGGGUUGGGGGUGGGGGAAGAGUUCAUUCAGAUUCUUACUUACACUGUACUUUGGGAACAUUAAAGACAUACUUAUGAGCUUAGUGUUUCCCCCAAUCCUCCUCCUUCCUGAAGGCCUCAGCCUCCUGAAACACCAGCUGAGUAGCUCUGGGAAUCCAACUGAAGCCACCCUUAGCUCUUCUGGGUCUGUCCUUAGAGCCCUGGAGUAGGGGCAGCAGCUUGCUAGGCAAGGGGGUCUUGCUCUCCUUGGGUGAGGAAAGGGAAGCCACUCACUAGCCUGGAGGAGUGUGACUGCCCCACACCCUUGCAGGCAGGGACCCUUCUUUCUUUCAGGUAGAAUCAGCGGAGGUGGCUGAUUGUCCCUGGCCAAUCAUAAGGCAGAUGCAAGUGGCGACCUGAAACAGGGGUCCCUUCCUAGGAGCUGCUGGCUGCAAAUCAGGAAGCUGGCCACUUUCCACCCAAACAAUAGCAAGGCCUUCCUUUGCAUAAAACUGUUCUUUCUAAUUCUGGAAGCUGAACCCGAUCCUCCAAGUAAACUAACUCUUCUUAGGCUACAGAUACCAUAAUCCCUUUAUCAAGAAACUCAUUCAGAGUAGAUAGCAGGGGAUGGGGGUGGGUGGGGGAGUGGGCUUGGGAAAUUUGCACAGAGUCAGAGCCCACUUAGGCAGCUUUCUACAAAAGGAGCUUUAUAACCUAGAGCCCUGCAAUUUACUUAAUUUGCCUAGGUUUAUAUACAUACAUAUCUAUCCUGCAGAUCUACUGUACAUCAGUACCCCCUGGCCUCACUCACAUUAAAUUCUAAAGCUCUUAAAGGAUUAAUGUUCUGCCUUGCUCUUUGUUAGCCCCAGCCUCUGGCUGGACAGAGAGAUGCAUCCUGGCUGCUCCCCUAGGAUGUCUCUCCAGUCAUGUUUGGGGUGAGCUGUCCUCAAGACCAAAGCCACAGAAGCCUGUGGCCACAGUGGAAUCUAACAGGAAGAGUCACUCUGUUCUCUUCACUCCUUCCAAAUCUUGUUCCCUUGAAACCUGGGCCUUGGAUGACUUUUCCUGGGUUUCCCCUAAACAAUGGUUCAGUUGCCAAGAUAGAGCCAUCUACUCAUCCCACGCAGACAAGAAGGAACAGAUGGGCUCUUGUUGGCCUUUGCAAGGCUACAACCCAGAGAACACCCUCCAGCCCCUUCUAGUUCCUAAGUCUGGCUCAGGGUCUUAAAGAAAGCAGUGGCUGCCACCAAGGUCAGGAGGGUGUGAGGUAGUUGGGAUGCUCUGUUAUAAUCAAGUAGUGGGCCAGUGGUUAGAACUGUUGGGAAGUUAGAUUUAUCUGCUGCAGGGGAAGGGGGGCAUCAGCUUGGGUCCAGAAGCCUAGGAUUGCUUCAUUUCUAGAAUGGCCAGGGAGCACUAAGCCAUAGGUCUGGGGUAUCAGACCUAACCAGAUGUCUGCCUUAGUGCUCAUAAAGACUCUGGAUGGGAGGACUGGGUAUCUGUAUGUAUGGGAACAGGUAGUAGGCAGACAUCAGACACAGAGCAUGGGCAUCUGUCCAAGGCAGGGGUAGGGGAGGAUGGGGGUGGAGGGAGGUUAUAUUUGUAGGGGCCUAGUUUGUGGGCAAGAAAGGGAUAGAAGAAGUUUGCUAUAGGCCAGAGAGCUCAGGGUGUUUGAGGUAUAUCCUGCCUAAGCCUUAGGAGGGCAGAUGUUAUGAAACAAUCUUUUACCAGGGAAGUUCUAGAAAACCCUUUCCAUAACCCCCACUCACCCAAGAGAUCUUGGGCUGCUGAGGGCCUGUGGCAACUGCAGUGGGCUAGGCAUGGUAGGGAAGAUGUAGAUCUUGCUAUGUAGGAUUUGUGCUGUAGGUGGACUGAAGCAGCAGAGUAAGAGUUGAAUUCUCACUAAUGGGGCCGCUGACACUUUGUGUGUGGUCCUGUGUGUACCAGAGGUGAGUAUGUCACUCAAGGGUCCAGUGACAGUCACUGCAGCAUUGUGUGGGCCAUUUGCCCAUGGUGAGGUAAAGGGAUCCUUGGGCGCCAUGAAUCCAAAUGAGGGUGAGAUUUAUUGAGAUGUGUUGCAUGUUGUGAGGCAUCUGUCAUGUAGUGUGUCUCCUGGAGGUAUUUUUUGUGAUGCUGCAUUAAUUUAGGGCCUUGUGCAGGAGGAGGAAUAGAGGGAGUUUCCAGGGAGGCAGCCUAAAGAAAACCUCUGACUUGUGAGAUCAGCAUCAGUAUGAAGGAAUGUGAGUGUUUGGGGUGGUUGCCAAGUAGUAUCAGGGAACAGUUAGGUUUGAGAGAUGAUUGACUCUCGACCGAAUCUGACAGAGGCCAAAAUGCCAUUCUGAGGGGGCUCUGCUCCGAGUGAGAGCAGAGUAGGGUCAUGUUGACUGGGAACUUGUCAGAAAAGGCUGACUGGCAGAACAUCAAGCUGUCUGUUGUAUGGUUCCCUGAGGAGGGCCCUACCAGGCAAGACACAUGCCUUUUCCUCCAGGAUGGCAAGGCUGAGAUCAAGGUUCUCAAGUGCCCAUUUCCUUCAAGGCCCAAACUUUGGAAAUACAUCCCUGUAGAGAAACCUGUUUUGAGUUUCUUGGGCUCCAGGAACUGGGCUGGCAGGCCAUGGUAAUGAGACACCCUGAGGUCAGGCAGAGACCCGUGCUGGGAGAUCUUUUUCCCUCCAGGUUCAUUUUCAGGAAUACCUGUGCUGCCCGAGGGGUGUGUUUGGGACCUGGGCUCCACGUCCAGCUUCAUGCCAGAACAUUCCUUGAGCAUGCAUUCUCAAUGGCUGACUUGUGUCCUCUGACACCGUUUCAAGCCAAGAUUCUCAUUAAGGUCCUUUGACAUGGGUGACAGCUUGUCAGGAAAGUAAGCUGCCUUAAGAUAAACGGUCCUGGGGGAGACACUGGGGGUCCUACCCUAGGGUUGUGGAGACUUAGCUGCUCAGCAGGGCAGCUCUAUCUCUAGGCCUCUCUGCCAAAAUCUGGCCCUGGGAACAAAGGAAUACUUAAGAUCCUUACUCUUUUAACACCACUGGCUGUGGGAGAAGGAAAGGUUCAAGGCCAGGGCUCAGCUCCCAGCCUCCAUCUCCUCCCACAGCUGCUGCAUUUGGGGGGGGGGACCUGCUGAAUAUCCUUGCUGUCCCCAGGGCAGUAUUGAGGCCAGAGAGGAGCCCUGCCCUGCUGCUUGCUGGCUGCAAGAACUGGUCUUGGGAAUGGAAGCUGGGGAAAGGAUCCAGGGGAGGGGGAGGUGGCAAGGGUGGCACACGAGUCUAGAAAAGUUUGGGACAAAGGGGCAGAGCUGGGAACAAACUGGUUAAUUUUUAUUGCCACUCACCGUGGUGCUUUUCCUUUCUCCCUGGA